AGGUCACGUGAUAAAUGCAUGUCUAUUGCAACUUCAAGAUGGCGGAUAUACGCUUUUUAGUAGAGGAUAUCGACGAUGCAGAUGAUGAUCAAGAUGACGGAUGUGAUAUGGAACAAGACGAUCCAUCAGUGCUCGACCAAAUAGGCCCGGAAGAACUUCUGAGCCCCAUAAUAAGAAUGGAGAAAUACAUGCACAGCGAUGUGAUAUUCAAUAGGCAAAUGGCUGCCAGGUAUACGAAGGAAGCCCUGAAAGCCUGUCGGACCAAGGACGACAUUUACCAUGUUUUGCGUUUGAUCGUUCGCCUAUCCGAGGACAUCGAACCAUGUGUUCGUGUGGAGCUGAUGGACCAAAUCCCUCACGUUGCCCUGUUCUGCUACGAGCACUACUCCAUGAUGGAGGCAGUACCCCAGUAUAUCCUUUACAUUGUGCUGCGGUACUUGAUGGACUCAAACAACCAGGUUCGCAAGGCCAGCCAGCAAGUUUUGCUUGAACUGCUAGAGCAUGAACUAGUGGAAAGAGCCGAUGUGGAAGAUCAAGUGUGCCCCGUGCUGAUGCAGUUGACGGCAGGUGACAGUAGUGACGACUACCGAUCAGAGGCUGUCACGUUGAUGAGCAAGAUGUCUUCUCUUGUUGGAAAGGACAUUACGGAGCGUUUCUUCAUGCCACGAUUCGAAGUUCUUUGCUCUGACCCACUGUUCCAUGUUCGCAAGGUUUGUGCUUCAAGCUUUGGUGAGAUCUGCAACGUUGUCGGUCCAGAGCUUACAACAGACAAACUGCUUCCUGUGUUCUUCCGCCUGUGUCAGGACGGUGUAUGGGGUGUAAGGAAGUCAUGUGCAGAGACGUUCAUGAGUGUGUCUGCGGCGAGCCCGGAGGAAGUAAGAGGAAACGACCUGGCUGAGGUUUUUAUCAGUCUUCUGUGCGACAAGUCUCGAUGGGUACAAAUGGCAGCAUACCAAAACCUUGGCCCGUUUAUCUCCACAUUUGCUAACCCGGCCAAGAGUGGGUUCUAUAUUGAUGAUUAUGGCAUGCUGUGCCCUGUGCCGCGCAGCGAGGAGGCUCGCACAGCCGCUGAGUCGACGACUUAUGAGAACACUGCCUCUGAUGAAGGAGUUGAUAGUUCUUCAAGUAAGGACCACGCCCACAGGGAAAGAGGCUCCUCCCCGGAGGCCACCACAACAGAUUCUGGCUACAUCUCCCCUCCUGAUAUGGCAACCGAACAUGCCGAUACCUGCCAAUCAAACAAGGAUGGGUCAUGUGACUUAGAGGCAGCACAUGGGAACUGCUCUUCAACCAAUAGCUAUGACAGCUGCCAGUCAGACAGUCAGAGUGAUAACUGUCAAUCAAGUGAAGGGAACUGUCAAUCAAUGGAUAAGGGUAGCAACUGCCAAUCAACAGAUAAGGGUAGCAACUGCCAAUCAACAGAAAAGAGUGACAGCUGUCAGUCAAGUGAAAAGAGCAGGUCCUCAAAUGGGUGUACUGUGUCCGGGUUUUGUUCUGUCCCAACGACAGAUCUAGAUGCUGAUUUGGAUGAGAACUAUUUCAAUUCCUUUCUAUAUUGGAGAAGUCCUUUGCCGCAAGUUGAGGUAGAACUGGAUAGCAUUAAUGAUAAGGAUAAGGAGGACGAUGAUGGUGAUGAAGAUGAUGGUGAUGGUAAUGAUAAAACUGAGGAUUUGCAGAUGAAGAGUUCUGUGCAAGGUUCUACAAACAAGAGUGAAGCUCUCAGACAGACUCCGCCCAAGAGCCCACACCUCUCGUUUGGUCACAACAGUGACAGCGACGAGGAGGAGCACAUGCCGAUCUUCUCCCUGACGGACGACCCUCACGACUUUGAUUAUGAUGACUACCAUGAGUUAAAGCUUAGGAGGUCAUCAUCAUACGAUGAUGAUCUUUUGCUUGACGGCAUGGUCACCCCACACCAGGAUAUGAUCCCACAAAAUCUACUUGACCAUUACAUCUCGAUGACAGAGCCAACCAAGGCACAGACGAUAGACACAGAGAUUGCACGGCACUGUGCCUUCAGCUUUCCUGCUGUCACUCUCACCCUUGGACGGGAGAACUGGGCGUGUCUGCGAGACACCUACGAACUGCUGGCUUCAGAUAUGCAGUGGAAGGUCCGUCGCACUCUAGCCUUUUCCAUCCAUGAACUUGCCCAAGUCCUUGGGGAAGACCUGACCAAGACAGAGCUUGUUCCAACCUUCAACAGUUUUCUCAAGGACCUGGAUGAGGUCCGAAUUGGAGUCCUUAAACAUCUGGCUGAUUUCAUCAAGCUUCUGCCGCUGGACGUUCGUGUGGGUUAUCUCCCUGUACUGGUUGAGUUCCUCUCAACUGAUAACAACAGGAACUGGCGAUUCAGACAAGAACUGGCUGAGCAACUGAUGUACCUAUCAGACCUUUAUACCCCUGCCGCAGUCCAACAGUUCAUCUGUCCCAUAGCCAUCACCCUAGCCACUGACCGUGUUGCUGAUGUCAGAACUAUAGCAUUCAGAUUGAUUGGUGUGUUGUUGCGGCGGUUGCAUGGUUGCAAGGAUGACAGCUCUGUUCGCAAGUUUGUGUCGGACAUCAUCAUCAAGUUUGCACACAGCCAGCAGUGGACAAGACGACAAGCUUAUGCUCAGCUUUGUCAGAACAUGCUGGAGGAAAAUGCUGAGAGUGGACCGCACUUUUGUGAGGAAUUCCUCCCAAACCUUCUCAGUCUUUUAUCAGACAAAGUGCCCAAUGUCCGGCUGGCCGUGGCCCGGACACUAACCCACAGCGUGCUGAACUGUGAUUACCUUCAGAAUCCGGAAUGUAAAGAAAGGGACAUCGUAACUGGCGCACUGCGCAAGCUCCAGUCUGACUCUGACAGGGAUGUCCGCUACUUUGCUGGCAGCAAAGAGGACUGGGACGAGAAUCGGGAAUACUCUACACAGGGUGCCCACAACAGUAGUGUCGGAAGGGAGUGUCGGAAGGAAGGUUCUGGGGAGAGCGGUGAUAAUACAGAGCAAGUCGACAUGGAGGAGGAGGGGAUUGAUACUCUACAGACAAGCCAACAAAUAGCGCACCUUGAGAAUCAGAUAGCCGAGGAGCUUAGCAAGGAAUUCCAGGACAAUUCCAAUAUGGAGUUAGAGAAAGUAAGCUCAGGUCAUAUUAGUAUAGUUGGUGACGAGGUAUCUAGCUCAACUCAAGAGGUCUGUGAAGAGAAACCAAGGGAGGAUGGGGAAGCAAAGAAAGAGAGUGUCGAGAUGGUGGCCAAGAAAGGGGACAUGGUGCCGGACACCGCCCAGGACACACUGGAAACUGGACUUGACAAAGCAGAGGCUUGCACUUGACGAGGGCUGAUUUAUUCUACUUUUACAAAAUAGAGGUUAGGUCCCCGUCAUUCCAAGAACCAUUCAUAGAAUUCGGAGAAUUAUCCAGACCAUGCUGUGAAUAGCAUGGUAGGCGUAUACAAGAAUUACAGACCUGUAAAGACACGACGAAAUAGCUAAGCAUUUUACAUGGAUGUGCGGGGCCAUGGGAAUUUGUGUACUCCCUUGUGCUUUGCCUUUAUCUAUUAGUUAGGCAAAGUUUGCUUAUAAGAUUCAGUCAGAUAAUUAUUUUACUUUCCCGACUAAUUUCCAAACAGGUGGUGGAUUUAGAACCACCCCCACACCUAAAAAAAACAUAGGCACUAAAUUCCAUGAAUAUAAUUCCGUGACAUUUGUUUUAUAAUCCCCCCUCCCCUCCCAAUAAAUUCUGGGUUCGCCACUGCAAUUCCCCUCCCAAUAAAAUGGGAUAGUAAUCGGUCAGUCAUGGAAAAAAAACAAUAACAGGAUUAUGCCUGUCAUGUUUGGGCCUGUGAUCCUACAUAUUUUGUUUGAUUCCUUGGUAGGCAUUUUAGUUGGCAUUUAAAGGAAAAUCAGUGUACGAUAUUGGUUUAGAAACAGUUAUAUAAGCGAAGGAAAUCCAACACAAUUGUACAUUGUCCCAUGAAAUUGCAUAUUUUGCCGGGCUUAUUGAUAGGGGGAAAUUCCAGUUCAUGCAAAUAGUUUUGUUAUAUAAAUACCUCAGUAUUUAUCUAAACAAUAGAAUUUUGAAUACAGAUGAUAAAUCUAUACCUAAUUUUGAUUAAAUUUGGAUUAUAUUUAUGAAGUAGUAGAAUGGAUGUUAUGAGCCAAGUUUGGGGGUGUGGGGUAUUCUACUCGUCUCAUAAGAUCUAGAAUGACCCUCUGUAGGAUCUGCAUAUUGGCCAGGUCAUGCUGGCAGCAAUUGGCACCAACAAUUCCACUCAUUUUUAAGCAGAUCAGGUAAUGAUUCUCUCAACCGUGAUACUCAUGCUUCUAUAGGUUAGAAUUUAACAAGGGAUCAAAUCGUAAUUGCAAUGAUAUAAUUUUGCACAUUGUUAUCACUUUGUGAUCCUUGGACAAUGAGUGAAAUGGUUAACUUAGUUGUACGUGUUGUAAGCCUCAAGUAAGCCUAAAAUUAUUCGUCUGAGAUCAAUGCUCAGACAUUUUUGUUGUCAUUUUAUAUAGGAUCUGUGGGUGGGUAAUUUCCACUUCUGUGACUGUUCUAUAGUAAAUAAUGUCGUAUGACAUAAAUGUGUGAAUAAAUGAUCUAAUUUUA